AUGUUUGAAGGACAGUCUGUCUCUCUGAGCUGUGAGGAGGACGACAGCUCAGCUGGAUGGACUCUGAGGAGGAACACAAGUGAUAAAACCAGGACAGAGUGUGGAGUUGGCUGGGGAAAACCUGUUGAUUCUUCCUGCAUCAUCAGCUACAUGGUCCCAUCCCACAGUGGAGUUUACUGGUGUGAGUCCAGAGAGGGAGCAACCAGUAACAGCAUCAACAUCACUGUCACUGAUGGACCAGUGAUCCUGCAGAGUCCUGUCCUCCCUGUGAUGGAGGGAGAAGACCUCACUCUGACCUGUAAAACAGAGAGGUCCUCCAACCUCCCAGCUGGUUUCUAUAAAGAUGGCUCCUUCAUCAGGACUGAGCCUGCAGGUCACAUGACCAUCCCCCAUGUUUCCAGGUCUGAUGAAGGCUUCUACAAGUGUCUCAUCAGGAGAGUUGGAGAGUCUCCACCCAGCUGGGUCUCUGUCACAGGUGAGGAAGUUACCUUUGAUUUCAGGAGUUCAUUCAUCUAG